ACAAUGCUCACAUCCUCAACACACAUGCAAUCACUCAUCACACGCUCCGUCUUUAGGUUGAAACGUGAUCUGCUCUCGUAGUUCAGGUGGAAACAAAAUAAUCACACGGUCGUAGGGAACUGUCUGCUUUCCUGGCCAUCUUGCGCUCACCAUGAGCUGGACUUUGUGCUUGAUGGCUCUUGGACUAUUUGGUUCUGCUGCAGCAGCUCAAGACUGUGGCUCGUGCUACCAGAUCAACAUGGGGAUCAUAAUUGGCAUCGUUACAUGUGACCUGAUUGUCACCCUUAUUAUUGCUAUCUCUGUCUACUGUUUUGCAACACGGCAAAGGAGGAAGAGCAGAUUACACACACGUACUAACUCUUGUGAGCCAGGUAAAGCAAAACUUCGCCAGUCAUCAAGCAGGCCAAAGGAGGUUGAAAUUACAGAGUCACCCUAUCAGGAACUGUAUGGGGUGCAGUCAGAUAUUUACAAUGAUCUCCGCCAGUAUCGUAAAUAAGGGAACUGCAGGUUGGGUCCCAAGACAACGACUCCCUGACUGUAGGAUGCAAGUCGUUCAGCUGAAAUGGAGUUUGGUCAUCUUAAGUCAAUUAAAUUGAUUGUUCCUGUAAUUUGUGUAUCUUGACCAAUGCUGGGGUAGUUACUCCAAAAAGUAAUUAAUUACUUGCAAACACAUCAUUUUCCAUGAACAAUCUUUAAAGUUGAGUCUUCAGAUCACAAUACACAUUUCCACUGCACAUCAGUCCAUUUCAAAUGGGUUCCAGCCCAGAGAAGUCAGUAGCGUUUCCCAGCGUUGUUGGCAUAUCACUUCUGCUGUGCAUAGUACAGUCUUAACUUUCAUUUGUGGAUGUAGCAACAAACAGUGUUUAUUAACCAAGGUUUGUCAAAGUAUUCCUGAACACGUGUGCUGAUAUCUAACACAGAAGCAUGUUGGGUUUUAGUGCAGUGCUGUUUGAGGGAUCGAAGGUCGCAGGCAUUCAGUUGUGGUUUUUGGCCUUUUCCUUUACACACAUAGAUUUUUCCAGAUUCUCUGAAUCUUUCGAUGAUCUUGUGCACUGCAGACUUACAAAUCACAUAUGCUAUCCCGAUUAAUUUAAUAAUUCACCAGGUUCUCUGUAACCGAGCUUCAAAUAUUUAUAGAUAACAUAAAUAAAUCCAAAUAUAUAUAUAUUUGGAUGUAUUUAUAUUUAUAUGGCAUGAGUAUCAGAACAGUAUUGUGCAUCAUGUAAUAUUCAGUGAUUGUAGACAAGUUAAAGGCAUAGAUAAUCAUAAAAAUUGUUGUAAGGCACAUUAUGCGGAAAAUCUACAAGCAUUCAUUUUCUCUUUAAAUUCUUUUCUCGACAUCAACAUCCUUUUUUAUGGUUUGUAUGUGCCUGCUCUGGAAAAUUUCCAGACAUGUGUCAGUGUGUCAUAGUUGACUCAUUGUGGUCAUUUGUUCUCGUGUAUUAUGAUAGACAAAGAUGGAAAUACUAAAUCUACAGAACAGUUUAAAGCUUUUUUUGGAACCAGACCAGCGAUUCUCAUUCUAUUCCUCAUUCCCACCAGAAAGUCCACUGUUUCAUUCUAGUCCAGCUCCCAACACAUCUGCACAGACCUUGUUUAACUAAUCUUACAAGGCAGAUUGAUGGCUAGUGCCAUGUUGCUCAAUAUUUUGCUCAAUGUGUCCAAGAACUGCCUACAUUGACAGGAAAAAGUUAUUUGAACUAGAAGGGGAAAGUAUGUGAAUGUGAAACUUUAAGUUGGCUUGACAAAGCUAUUGUUGUGAAAUCCCUGGUGGUUGCUAAAGUGUUGCAUGGCUGUUGUUAUCCCAGGUGGUUGCUAAAGUGUUGCUUCACCAUUGCUAUGGUACCCCAGGUGGCUGCUUAAGAUGUUGAUGGCUGUUGCUAUGUUAUUCUUGGUGGUUGCUAGGCCCGAUUGCUACAGUAUCCCAGGUGGUUGCUAAAGUGUUGUUAGACCAUUGCUGUGCUGUCCUAUGUGGUAUCCUACAUGGAUGCCAAAGCUUUGCUAGGUUAUUGUCAUAAUUAUUGCUGAUUGCUUACUGGUGGAAUUACCAUUAACUUGGUACAUUGUUUGCUAGCUUGGUCAACUUUGUUCAUGUGAUAUUUGAAAACAUGCUCGCUGGUGUUAAGUCGACUCAUAAAUUCGGGUAACAUGGAAUUUGCCCGAGUUGAACAAUCGUAUUUAUUACUUAGUCAGUCAUUUCAGUGCAACUUACUUGUUGUAAACUCAUAAAUUCCCAGGUUUACUACACUUGGCAUGCAGUAUAAACCUGGUGGUUAGUGUACCUCUGUGAGAGGAGCAUCUGAAGCUGUCGCUCGUCGUGUUGGCCCUGAGCAGAAACAGAACUCUCUGGGUUCUCUGAGAACUGGGUUGAGAAACUAGUCUGUAGAUUCACCUCCUGAAUGGGGAAACUGAGAUUUUGUUUAACAUUUUCCUUUUACUUCUUUAUUUCUUGUACAGACUACACUCAAUAAAAGCAUUUGUUAAAAAGA